GUGAAGUGACCUCCAAACACUUAAAAACCAGUUCUGAAUGGCAGUGGGGAUCAUUUCUUAACUCUCCAAUCAAGCUUCUUUAUUCCUCACUAAUUAUUGUCCUCUAGAAAUGUGUGCUGCCUUUCAUUUUUUCUGGAUCCAUUUCUCCACCUUUCUCUUAAUUUUAAACUACUAUUCAGGGAUUUUUGGCUAACAUCAUGAUAGGUUUUGUGUAUAUUAGAUGUAAUACCCAGGAGGAAUACUUUCCUGGUUUAGUUGUGGAAGUACUAGAUGUCAGGCCUAAUAAAAUAUGUGCUAAACUGGAUGGUCAGGGAAAACCAGUGCAUACAUGUUUAAAGUGGGUGAUGAAUGAGCAUAUGAGAUGAAUGAGCAUAUGAGAAUUGUGACAGGAGGGUGGCAAAGAGGAGAUGCAAACCUUGAAGUAACGUUCAAGGGAAAUUCAUCUGGAAGUGGAAUGUGUAGGUAAAAAGGAAGGGAAGAGUCAGGAAAGGCCAGAUGUGAUGAGGUUGCAGUGCUACAGAUAAGAUGAUUCCUGGAAUAAUGCUAGAGAGAGUAGGGAAGGGAUGGGAUUGGGAGACAUUCUGAAGGAAAAAGAAUUUCUUCAUUGGACUGUGUAGGAUAGAUGGAGGGAGAUACUUGAAUUGCAAACAGGGACAAUUUGUCCCAUCUUUUGUGAAAUACUGCAAGGUCACAAUUAGGGGAAACCUAAUUCAGACUCAGAAAACAAAACCAUGGCCAAGCAGAUGAAUAUUUUUUUUCACCAUUUUUCUGAUGUGGUCUAUGUAAGGUCAGCUAUAUUCUCAAUGACUUCUGUUAAGAGCUUUCAGAAAGCAGGUCUAUACUCAGAGUCAAAAUUCAAUCCGAUUUAACCACCAAAGUUCUGGAUUCAAUUAUCUAAUUAUAAUCUAGUAUUUAUCUUCUGUUACCUAAAAAUCAGUUUACCUGUGUUCACUAGGUACAGCAAAUAGGGGUACAAAAUGGGAUAAGACACCCAUUCAGACAUCUAGACAUCUAGAGAGGGUUUGAUGAAGGGUUGGAAAAAAUCUAUUGCAAAUACCUGAGAACUUAUCAUAAGUGAGAUCUCAGCUGGGCCUUGAAGAAUGGAGAGGAUUUUGCAGAUGAAAAUGAGUAAAGACAUAAUUUUGGGUGAAGGAAUAACAAGAAAUAAAAAAGGGUAUAAUGUGCCGGUUUGGAGGGACAGGAGUCUGGAAGUUAGGCUGAGAAAAUAGCAGGAGUUCGGAGUGCCAAGGAUCUGGUAGAAUAGGGCAGAGCAGGGUAGGGCUGGAGCCUCCACUGCUUUAAACUUAACUUUGAAAUGUGUCAAAUUUCAGAAAAAUUGCCAGAGCCAUGCAAAGAAUACCCACGAACGCUUGAUGCUGAUUCAUCAAACGUUAAUGUUACGUAGCCGACAUCCCUGUAACCUCCGCUCUUGGUAAACCCCUCUCCCCCAUCGUCAGCGACUCGGGGGUUUUCGACCGUGUGUUCCGUCCGCUUGGGCUGAAGUCCUGCACGCCGCCUGGCUGGUGGUUAUUUUUAAUUCAGGUCUCAGGACUCCCGAAGACUCCUUCACUCCAAGGAGAGCUUCUCUCAAACCUGAGGAGAUCCAACCCGCUGCCGGAAGCCUUGCCCCAAGAGGGCCGGAGUCUCCCGCUCCCACGCUGCCUGGAGCGGAAGGGGCGUGGCCCGGGAGCGGAAGUGGCCGGGGCCCGGCAGUGCGAGCGCGGGCGGCUGCGAGGGCUGCUGUGUAGGAAGCCUUGGGGUGAGCAUGCCGGUGGAAGGGAAGACCAAACGGAGGAAAAAGGGAGGUGCGGUGGAAGGGGACUACCCGGAGGGCGGCGUCGGCGGGAAUCUGACAGGAGACUAUGUGGUUGGACAAGUCUCCGGCAGCUUGUUCCAGGGCCGGCGGCCCUCCAGAGACCGCGCGGCUCGGCUGGCGUCCCUCUUCAGCAACUCGGAGCCUCCGCUGCAGCCCGUGUACGUGCCGGUGCCUAAAGGGAACACCGGGAAAAGGAAACGGGAUGAGGAGGAAGAAAGGACAUCCCGAAUUCAGAGACCACUCUUGGAAGGACUUUCAAACAACAUGAAAGCGAAGAAGAAACUUUCUGACGCAGACAAAAGGGUGGCCAGCAGGGAAAAUGCCCUAGCAAGUGCUGAUUUAGAAGAAGAAAUUCAUCAAAAACAGGAACAAAAAAAGAGUAAUUCUCAAUCUGGUAUUAAAGUAGCAGAUAAAAAAGUACUUGAUGAUGUAGAUCACACAGUUGUAAAUCAAAGGAAGAAAAUUGAAAUCAACCAAGAGGAGGAGAGAUUAAAGAAUGAGAGAACUGUGUUUGUUGGGAAUUUGCCUGUCACAUGUAACAAGAAGAAGCUGAAGUCAUUUUUCAGAGAAUAUGGACAAAUAGAAUCUGUACGAUUUCGUUCUCUGAUUCCAGCAGAGGGAACUUUGUCCAAAAAGUUGGCAGCAAUAAAACGUAAAAUUCAUCCUGAUCAGAAAAAUAUUAAUGCUUAUGUAGUGUUUAAGGAUGAGAGCGCUGCUACAAAAGCAUUGAAAAGCAAUGGCGCCCUAAUUGCAGAUGGAUUUCGGAUUAGAGUUGACCUUGCAUCUGAGACUUCAUCUAGAGACAAGAGAUCAGUGUUUGUGGGGAAUCUCCCAUACAAAAUUGAAGAAUCUGCAGUUGAGGAACACUUUUUGGAUUGUGGGAGUAUUGUGGCAGUAAGGAUUGUGAGAGACCGAGUUACUGGAGUCGGCAGAGGGUUUGGCUAUGUGCUCUUUGAGAAUACAGAUGCUGUUCAUCUUGCUCUGAAAUUAAAUAAUUCUGAACUGAUGGGAAGAAAACUCAGAGUCAUGCGCUCUGUUAAUAAAGAAAAAUUAAAAUCAAAUUCAAAUCCCGGCUUGAAGAAUGUCAGUAAACCUAAUAAGCAGGGACUUAAUUUUGCUUCAAAAAAUGUCGGACCUUCUAAAAGUUUGUUUAUUGGAGAAAAAGCUGUUCUCAUUAAGAAGAGAAAGAAAGGACAAAAGAAAAGUGGACAAACUAAGAAACAGAAAAAACAGAAGUAAUCACCUGAAGAUUAUUUUGUUCCUACUGAGUACUGGUAAUAAAUUGUGAUAAAACCAUGAA